AUGCCAAUAUCAGAACCAGAAUUAAAACGAGUAUGUCACAUAUUAGAAGAGACGAAUAGAUGAAUACUAACUGUUUAUUAGUAUAUGAAUAAAAAAAUAGCUAUACAGUUAAAUGGUACACGAGAAGUCAUUGGUAUAUUAUCAGGAUUUGAUGUAUGUAUAACCCACACGCCAAAUUAACAAAAUAAAUACUAACAUUAUCACAGAUGUUUUUAAAUUUGACAUUAGUUGAAGCAUUAGAAGUAACUCAAAAAGAGAAAUUAAGUAUCGGUACAAUAGUAAGUAACACCCAUACAUUGUUAUCAAUUCGGUAUUAACUUUAUUUAGAUCAUCAGAGGUAAUUCAAUAAUUUCAAUUGAAGCAUUAGAUAAGUUAUAG